AUGAAAGUUCUAACGACCACAUAUAGCCUAAAAGUAAAGGAGCUAGGGCCAUUCGGGGUGACACAUUUAAUUACGCACAAAACAACAUUGGAGCAAUUUGCAUGCAAGACCAUAGUCAAGAGAAAGCUUGUGAACGACGGGGAUAUAGAAGAUAUAUGUAGGGAGGUUCAGAUCAUGCACCAUUUGGCUAGCCAGCCUAAUAUUGUGGAGCUCAAAAGUGUAUAUAAGUACAAGCAUGUGAUUCAUCUUGUCAUGGAGCUCUGCACCGGUAGCGAGCUCUUCUACCGGAUCACAGCCAAGCAGUAUUACUUCGAGCGAGCUGCCGCAUUGUUGUUAAGGACUAUAGUUCAGAUCGUCCAUACUUGCCAUUCCAUAGGUGUCAUACAUAGAGAUGUUAAGCUUGAGAAUUUCCUCUUUCUUAAUAAGGACAAGAAUUCUCCUCUUAAACUCAUCGAUUUCGAUUUAUCCUUUUUUACAAGCAAGGCUGACGCUGAUGGCAAUGGAACCAUAGAUUAUAAGGAGUUUAUCACAGCAACAUUGAAUUUGAAUCGAAUCGACAAAGAAGAACAUCUUUAUAUUGCUUUCCAAUACUUUGAUAAAGACAACAACAGGUUCAUUACCGUUGAAGAACUAGAACAUGGUCUCAAAGAAUAUAACACGCAUGAUGGUAGAGACAUCAACGAGAUAUUAUCAGAAGUUGAUGCAAAUAACACUGAUUGUGAUGGACCCCAUGGCAUGAAUGAUAUGACGUUAAUGACAAUGAAGCUUAAGGAUGGUAAUCAUGAACAUGGUGGCAUGAAAGGAGCCCAAAGCAAGGAAUAA